UCUUGACGUGUGUGUGUGGACUGUGUGAGUGGCAAGAAAGAGAAAAGGAGACGCACACAAAACAGCACGACAACAGCAGCUUCCUUCCCAUUCCCCCACAUCGCUCGCAAGCGUCCAAUUCGAAGAAACUCCGGAAGCCACACAAACCAACAGCCAUGUCAAGCGAAGAAGAGUAUGACUUCCUUUUCAAGAUCGUGCUGAUUGGCGACUCUGGUGUUGGCAAGUCCAACCUGCUGUCCCGGUUCACGCGCAAUGAGUUCAACCUCGAGUCCAAGUCCACCAUCGGCGUCGAGUUUGCCACCCGCAGCAUUGAGGUGGACGGCAAGACCAUCAAGGCACAGAUCUGGGACACAGCCGGUCAGGAGCGAUACCGCGCCAUCACUAGCGCGUACUACCGGGGCGCUGUGGGUGCACUGCUGGUGUAUGACAUUGCCAAGCAUGCGAGCUACGAGAACGUGUCCCGAUGGCUGAAGGAGCUCCGUGAUCACGCAGACAGCAACAUCGUCAUCAUGCUCGUUGGCAACAAGAGCGAUCUCAAGCACCUUCGCGCCGUGCCCAAGGAGGAGGCCACGAAGUUUGCCGAGGAGAACUCGUUGUCGUUCAUUGAGACAUCUGCACUCGACUCCACAAACGUCGAAGAGGCGUUCAAGAACAUUCUCACCUCCAUCUACCGUCUCGUGUCACAGCGCAGCAUCAAGGCCGGCGAAUCUGACAAGACCACGCCCUCGGACACGAUUGUGGUUGGACCCACGGACUCGUCGACCACGGAAACAAGCAAAGGAGGCUGUGGCUGCGCAUGAGCGCAAAAGCGUUUCAUUCUUACCUCCCCCGGCCUUGUUGUUGUGUGCCUUGUUUGUUCGCUUGAAGUGCUGUUCGCUCGUGUCUGUCUUUGUUCUCCCCUUCCCUCUUCCUACCUGUUCUCCUCACCUAUCCAUGCAUGCGUGCGUGUAUGUGUCUUUUGUAAGUCCUGUUCACUCGUUGGUCUUUCCCACAGUUAUCAUCUCCUCGUGUGUUUGCGCUGGCUGUUUGCAUGUGUGUGUGCGUGUGUGCGUGUGUGCGUGUCCAUGGUGAUGCUGUCAAUCUGUGCACUGGUCAACAGUCGCUCGUGGCCGGCGCAGACAUUGUGUCUUGUCAUUGGGUUUCGUGCAUGGAUGUUUUGGUUCGGCCACAAUAGAAUCACGGCUCUGUUUCCAAACAAAA